AUGACGUGCGUUCGGCACCACGGAGGCGCAGAACAUGUAUACGGUGCAGCCAUUCCCGGUGUCGUGGAGAACGCGAUCGUCGAGGGAACGCUCAACACGACAGAUCCUUUGCUCGGAGGCCUGCUGGACGCCGUCAGGUCGCCCCGGGAUCGCCACCUCGAGCUGCUUCUGUCCGAGCACGUGGUCAACACUGUGCAGUAUCCUCCCGACUCGCAUUGCGUUCCCAAGUCCUUAGCUGCGCUCAAGCUCGCCGCCAAUAUUGGCACACUUGCUGGUGGUCCUAAUAGGUUCCAGGGUCGACACGGGACCACGAAGCUUGAGACGGGCACUGCACGUGUACAUGUAGUAUCUCCUCAGGCGACAUCGGCCGCAACGCACGACGCGAAAAUUCGCUCUUUGCUGCCCUCUUGGACUCACCACGUGCUACGUCGGCCAAGGAGAUCCGCUAAACAAAACUACGCGUUGUACACUGCAACACGGCGUCGUCUCUCACAACGAGGCGACAAAUCUUCAGGUUAUUAA